CGUAAAUUUUACCGAUAUAUCCUGAGCAAAGUACAGGUAUAUGUAUAAUGGAUUUUUUUUUUCAGAAAUAUUACAGGUACUAUAUGAACGAAGUGCAUGGUUCAAAAGAUGAAGACAAGAAGAUGCUUUGUGGCGAUUAUCAUAAAGCAUUUAUUGACUCUUGCAAAACAUAUGGGGUAGUUAUAAAGAAGAUAAAACUUCAGUUAUUCGGAGUAUGGUGUACGUUCUGUGUAUCACUUAUGUUAUUUCCGGCAAUACAAAGCAAUGUUAAGAUGGUCAGACAAACAUUUGUCAACGACAAUGGGAUAGAGACUGAACAAACUAUAACUUUCAGUGAAGAAUUUGAAAUGAAAGGCUAUUGGACAUCUAUAUUUACAUUCCUCAGCUUUAAUCUGUUUGCAUGUCUUGGAAAUCUUACAUCAGAAUGGAUCAAAUGGCCUGGUCCCAAUCGUGUCUGGAUUCCUAUAGUGCUGAGGGCUUUCAUAUUGAUUCCAGUAUAUCUUCUCUGUAAUUACCAACCUAUCGGAUUUUGAGCGCAAGUUCCCAGUAUAUAUACAAAAUGACGUGGUUUUUAUAAUAGCGGAGUUGUCAUGGCAUUCCACGAGCGGUUACUAUAGCAGUCUUACCCAUGAUGUAUGGACCUAAAGAAGUGGAACCUUCUAUGAUGGGUAGAGCAGGUAUGAUGAUGGCGUUCUUCCUCGUUCUUGGAAUCACUUCCGGUGUAAACCUGUCAUUAUUGUUACAGAGACUUGUUACAACCAAAGCAGAAAUAGGAUAAAACAGAACUCAGAAGGAUAUAAAAAAAAAACAACUGCCCAUCAUUUUCAAGUUAUUACUUUAUAUAAUGUGGUUUAGACUUGUUCGGCAAUAACCAGUCUGAAUAAAUGUACGUUUUUGUGUU